UGUGGCUACCAACGCACCUCUCCCUCUUCCUACAGUCCAGUCCUGUCACCCAGACCCCUCUACCACAGUCCCACUUUCUCUCAGUCUAACUGGAGACUAGAAUAUCGCCACAAUCCAUUGGGAAAGAGAUUUAGGCAUUUAGCAACUAAGCGCUUCUGUGACUGUGACUGUGACUGUGACUGUGACUGAUUUUAUAACCGCUAGAAAACAUCUCCAGUUUGCUGCUUUAUCACAUCCGCUAAAUUUGGCGGCACCAAAACCGUCCCCUUGACCAUCUUCAUCACCUUGGCCAAACCCAGAUUUUUCUCCUUCUUUAGCAUUAUCAAUGGAGGUCUUCAACAUUUCUUCUCUAACGAAGAACUUUGGGUUUUCCGUUUUGAUGUAGAAAGGGGGAGGUGGGUGGGAGAGAAAGGGAAGAGAAACAAAGUUAUGGGGGAUUCUGGCUCUUCAUCCCUUUCAAGUCUUCUCUGCCGAGAAAACGAAGCUUGCUUCGAUGAAGAGGUUUUCCUUAAUUCAAAUAACUAUGUUCUCUCAGAAAACGAUAAAGAAUAUAUAGAAAUGCUUGUUGAAAGAGAGAACAGUUUUGGAUGCAAAACCCAAGGAUCGUCUUCGAUUGUACUUGAGAGCUGGUUGAAAUGCUCUCGCUUGGAUGCCAUAUGGAUUCUCAAAACUCGGGCGUUCUUCGGCUUUCGUUUCCAAACAGCUUUUCUGUCUAUCACUUAUUUUGAUCGGUUUCUUUCAAAACGAACCAUUGAUAGUGGGAAACCAUGGGCGAUAGCUUUACUAUCGGUGGCGUGUUUAACUCUGGCUGCAAAGAUGGAGGAAUGCAGGGCAAUUGCGUUGUCAGAGUUUCGUGUGGAAGAAUUUAAUUUUGAAACAAAGGUGAUUCAGAGAAUGGAGCUUCUGGUUUUGAAUACGUUAGACUGGAAGAUGGGUUCGAUCACUCCUUUCACUUAUGUCCAUUACUUCAUCACCAAAUUCUGCAAUGAGCCUCAUCGGGGAGAUUUAGUAUCUAAAGCCGUUGAACUGAUGUUGGCUAUUACAAAAGAGAUGAGCUUAAUGGAUUAUAGGCCAUCUGUUAUAGCUGCUUCAGCAGUAUUGGCGGCAACCGAUCAGAGAUUGACAAGAAAAACCAUGGAAUUUAAGCUGAGUGUGAUAUCUUCAUGUGGUUCUCUUCAAAAUGAGCAUGUAUAUUCCUGCUAUAAUCUAAUACAGGAAUUAGAGAUGAGGAAAUUUGAGAUGCCCAAGUUUAUAUUAUCUCCAGAUCUCUCUCCAAUCUAUUCAAGCUCUACCAAUGUUAUUGAGAAUUCUUCCUUUCCCUCUGCUGAUGGCACUAAGAGGAGAAGGCUUAGAUUUGAUGACUGUAGCCAGAACUGUGGUGGCAUUUCUAAUGAGAAGCAUCUCCUGUAAAGAAAAUACAACAGAUCACACCAACAUUAUGGAUAUUGGGUUGCUUUAUGGGGGAUUGGUUUUGUUUUUUCAAUCAGAUUAUUGGUCUGAUUAGUGUUCUAAUCCAUUUCAUGAAUAUGAUUUGGAGUUGAUUGAAGAUUCCAUUUUCCAACACCCAAAGUCCUGGUCCACAGAAAUCAAAGAGAGAAAAAUGAAAAAUUGAAUAAACAAAGGAAAAAAUUUAGCUACUGUGGAAAGCUGACCAAGUCCAAAAGCAAGGAAGAGGAGGAGGAAGAGGUCCAGAUUCCAGAAGGCCAUGGAAGAGUCAUUUCUGAAUAGUGUUCUCAUUGAUGAAUGCUGCUACUUACCCACCUAUUCAAUUUGUUGUAUUUUUUCUUCCUUUAUUUCUGACAAGGAAUAUUUAUCUAGAUCUUGUAACCCUAACUUUUUUGGGGGGAUGGGGGCGGCUAUGCUUCAAAUGCCUCCUUUCAAAAGGGUGAAAGUAAAGAAAAAAAGAGUAAGAAGAAGAAUCUAUUUUUUGUGUGAUUUGAUUUAUCUGUGUAGCAUGUUAGCUAUCAAAAUAUAUGCAAAGAUGAAUGUGAUUGGGUUUCUUUGAAGGUUGGAGGUGCUUUUUGAGAGAGGGCCCUCCCUUUUUCCAUUUUUAACUACUGUCUUGGGGUUAAGAAUCCCAAAGCAUUGUUUUUGAGAAUCAAAUUACUAAUAGGGAUUUCUCUGCUGGUCA